UGUAUUUACCCUAUUUUUGCUUUCUAGAGUAAUAAAUAAUAAUGGGAGGAAUGGAAUCUAUACCUCUGCCAAAUCUUCCAUUUGCUAACAAUUACACGUGUAUAGCUAUUAGCAAUUACUGUGCGUUAUAUCUUUUGUAUCCAGAUCAAGAACAAAUUAAAGUUGUCCGGGAUGCAAUAAAACAAUACUGGCAGGAAGGAAUCGUCGACGAGAAGAUCAAACUGACGAGUGAGGGCGACUUCCCAAAAUGUUAUCAAUUUGUUUUAUCAGGGGCACCCUUUCGAAAAGGCAAGGAACGAUACGAAACUGUCAGAAUGAGACUAAUGAGUACAAAAAUAUUGCAGAGUAUGAGUCAUCUUGGAUGGAAGUUGUUGAUAUCUUCUGAUCUCAGCCGAGUGUAUGAUCAGACAACAUGGAUUUUCAAACGAACCACCAUCGAAGAGCCUCCUCCCAGAUUCUUCAAUAUUGGAAUAUCAUCCUCUGGAACACUUCAGAUUAACAAUGGCACUGAGGAAUUAUGCAGCGUCAUUAGACAUGCUGUAAUGCAAACUUGGGUUGGGGGUAUAGUAAGUGACGAUCAAAUAAGCAGAUCUUGUUACGAGAUCGCUUUAAAAGGCGCACCGUGGUGUGCCACCGGUAACAGUGAAAACUGUGCAGCCAAACUUAUGGUGAAGACAAUCAUACAAUCAUUAGCAAAUAAAAAAAUGUUGUUGUAUGGGAAUAGCAAUUUAAAGGACACUGCUGACACCUUGUUUUUCCAAUACGAUGCUGGUAAUUCAAAUCACAACGAAAAGUAUUUAAUGCUAAGUUUACACGGCACGGACUCUUUACGAUUGAUACCAGCACCACAACAUUUGUGUGACGUUGUUCAGCGCAUUCUACGUCAUUCAUCUGCAUUUGAUUUGAGAAAAGCCGUUAGAUUGUCUCCGCAUUGCUUUGAAUUUAAAAGCUAUGGCAACUUGUGGAAUACUAUAGGAACGGAAGCCAUCAUAGCUAGAACCCUAAUACUUCAUAUUAUGAAGGAUAUGUUGUUGCACGGUUAUUUAAUUUGCACUGGGAUCGAUUUAUCUCGCAAUAAAAGUGAAAAAGAUGUGUUAUUGUUCAGAAAAGUAGCGCCCUUAGAUACAAACUUCUUUUGUUUGGCGCCUAAGAAGAUGAGCACGCUGCUAUUUUUGAAUGCACCCCCAGAAAUUAUUCAGGCUGGUAGACAAGUGAUACAAGAAUCAUAUUUCACACCCGUGGAUGAAUUUGAACACAACAAUGUGUAUUCGGUGGAGUUCGAUGGCUGUGCAUGGCAAUCUAUGCGUUAUGGUCAUGGAAUACAUGGUAGAGUUUUGCUUCUGUGGCUUAUACACACUUUUUCGACACUUGGGUGGAGAUUGGUUUGUUCGAUGAACGCAACAGCACGUUGUGAUAAUCAAAAUAAGACAUUGACAGACGUACAUAGUCUGUAUUUUAUGUACGAUGCAACAAUGUUGACUGAGAAUGCGACUGCGUCACCAGAAACGGAAAGUGGUGCAUUUAAUCAGGCUUCGGCUCCACCAUUGCUUACACAUACUGGCCCACCUUCGUAUGCAUCGGUGAAGAAUGACAUUGAGGAACCUCCGCCAAGUUAUGAGGAAGUGACUGCAAAUCAAUCGUCGUGUUUUUAAUUUAUUUAAUAAUAGUUUGCUGGCCUACUUAGUAAACAUGUUUUUUUUAUAUAUAAUUCAUUUUUGACGGUUAUUACUGUGAGUCAUCAUGGACCGUUUAAAUACUGAUUUUAUAAACCUGCAAGUUUUUAUGCGGGUUGUAACUGUCUGCAGGACAAAAACCGUAUUUAUUUAGUACCUUGUUUAAAAGAUGUCUUAUUUAUGAAAAUAUUUUUUGUGACAAGAAUAUCUUCUUUCAUGGUGUUCGUAAUUUUGAUUCUUGCUCAGAAUCACGGAAAUAUCUGUGACACAAGUGAGGUUUAAUACCUCACUUGUGUCACAGUUUCUUUUAAAACAGAUUCUGACAAAAGAUACUAAAAUAAAAAAAAUUAUUUGGUAGAGAUGCAGUAAAGCAAGUCAAUGUUUUGAUUUAGUCCCUUUAGUCUUACCGUUUAGAUAUAAUAUAUAAAUUUUAACUAUAUUAAAAAUAAUAUGACAUUAUAUCAGGGCAAAGCAAAACUCAGCUGUUUUUUCGGGGAAUUUCCACAACUUUCUUUAUUAAACAAUAGACGUUACCCACAACAGCAAAAUGGCAGACAUAGGCGAGCAACCACGAGGUAGACCAGCUCUGUUUACAAGUAAAAUGAUUAUAAACAGAGCUGGUCAUUAUAACUUUUUAUUCAUUCAUAAGUAAAUUACAUUUAUGUUUAGUAUAGCCUUGUGUAUCAAUAUAACUUCCUAAGGUAAACAUGUAAAAUCACAGGAUAGCUACAUAAAUCAAAUAUUUCAUAACUUUGAAGCUUAAAAUUUAUUUCUUAAACUUAUUGUAAAUAUAUUCUAUAUACAAAGUUAUGUUAUGUUAGUAAUGUGGUGUCCUAUCCAUCCUGCCUCGUGAUUUGCAUACAACAUGCUGCUAUUUUUAAAAUUAUAAUGCUUGCCCCAGAUUACAAAUUUGUCUGUUUUUAUAACUAAUUAAUUUAAUUUUUGCUAGUCUACAUGACCUUUGUCAUUAUGAAAUAUUUUUGAUGUCAAUUUGAAUGCAUAGAAACGAGUGGUCGUGUCACAGGUGUUUUCUUGUGAAUGGUUAUUAGGGACAUCUUUAUCCAUUUUCUUAAACGAGAAUGUCAAGUGUUUCUCUAUAGCUAUACCGUUAGAGAAUAAUCAUUUUUAAAGCAACUAGGCUGCUUUUAAUUUUGUUUAUUUUUUUGUUCAAAAAAAAGUUAUUUUUAUUAAGUUCUUCCCUCUUUUUUAGUAGAUCAUAUAAAAAGUUUUGCCAAGCGAAGCAAUUGAAUCACCUAGAGAAUGUCUUAAAUGUGUUGAGCUGCUAUUCGUUGUAACACAUUGCAUUUUACCUUUGCGUCAGAAAUUAACUACAUCAGAACAUUUUUAAUUUGUUCUUUUUUUUGUAUAGUAUUAAGAUUUUUUUAUAGUUAUCAUUCAAUUUUUAUUUCAAAGACGGAUUUAUGAUAAUGAAAAUACUUCCUUUA